ACUGAACGACAGCCCAACGACUCUGUCAUCCUUAACGUCUAGGACCUCCAGAAAAGAGGACUGUUGGCGGGUCGCAAUAUAUAAGAGACUUCGAUUCAUAUAUCUUCGACCUUAGUCUCACGCUUCGAGUCGCCAAUUGCCUUUCGCCAGCGACGUCAGUUGCGGUCAUCGCCGCUGUCAACAUGCCUCCUCCACUCCCCUCCCAACACCGGGGCAUGACUGCCAACCCUCUCAAGCCUGUCAAGCGCUAUCGUCCGGGAAAAGCGAUCGCGGAGGAGCCUUCUUCAUCAGAAGAAGAGGAGGAGGAGGAGGAGGAGGAGCAGGCCAACGAGCAGGAAAGACGCAAGCAGCAGGAAGCGCAGCGAAGAAGACAGCAACAGCAGAGACAGCAAGCUCCUAAGGCAACCUCGUUUCCAGGUGCGGCAGCUGGGAAGAUAACGAAGGGCGUGCAACAAGUGAAAAUCGACGAAGAUGAGGACGAGGAAGGGUUCGUUACGGAGGAAGAACUUGAUGAGGAGGCUGCGAAAGCUGCCAGACCAUCGACAGUAACAGCUGCUGCUGCGGCCGUCGCAGCCAGUGAAGAGGAAAGUGAAGAGGAAGAAUCGGAGGAGGAAGAGGAAGAGUCUGAAGAGGAAGAAAGUUCCGAAGACGAGGCCCCUCGAAGGGUUCUACUACGUCCUACGUUCAUCAAGAAGGAUAAGCGUAAUAACGGUGCUGGCCAAGCUGCAGAUGCUCCGGCGGCGAAGACUGAGACGUCUGGAGCGGAUGCCGCAGCUGAGGCGGAGCGUCGCAGAAAGCAGGAAAAAGCCGACCUGCUAGUCCGAGAGCAGCUGGAAAAGGAAGCAAUUGCAAAAACAGCAGGCAAGAAAGAAUGGGAUGAGGAUGAGCUGGCUGGCGACGAAGAAGCGCUGGACGAUCGGGACGGGCUGGACCCUGAAGCUGAAUACGCAGCCUGGAAAGUACGGGAGCUCAAGCGGAUCAAACGGGAGCGCGAAACGAUCGAAGCUGCAGAGAAGGAACGCGAAGAGAUCGAGCGUCGUCGCAACUUGACCGCGGAAGAACGGGAACGUGAAGACCGUGAAUUUCUGGAGAAGCAGAAGGAAGAACGAGAGGCGACUCGAGGACAGACGGGGUUCAUGCAGCGUUACUUCCACAAGGGUGCUUUCUUCCAGGACGAUCUGGAGCGUGAAGGCCUCGAUAAGCGUAAUGUUAUGGGUGCCCGAUUCGCGGACGACGUCAAUCGUGAGACUCUGCCGCAGUACAUGCAGAUUCGAGACAUGACAAAGCUUGGAAAGAAGGGACGAACACGCUACAGGGAUCUGCGAUCUGAAGAUACAGGUCGAUGGGGUGAAGGCUUCGACAACCGACCUCGUAGGGACCGUGAUGUUCCCCUAGGGGUCCAAGAUGAGCGAUUCAUGCCAGAUCGCGGUGACGAUCGUCGCAAAGGACCAACAGGCGCAAACGCAAGCGCUGUCAGAGAAAGGCGACGUUCGCGCUCUCGUACACCACCGAGGCGGCGCUCUAGGUCUAGAUCUUUCUCGCCGAGAAGAGAUCGCUACAAUGACCGAAGUCGUUACAGAGACGACGAUCGACGUGACCGAGACAGGUAUCGAGACGAUGACAGGAAUCGUAGGAAGCGGUCUCCAUCGCCCUAUGAUGACCGCGAUAAGCGGCGGCGGGUGGACAGCGUCCAUUGAGGUUGAAACUUCCGUUCUUCUAAAAGGAAAACCAUGCAUUUGUUCGGGCGUUCAAGGCGACUACUGGCUGUAAUGGACAAAGUUGGUUUAUGGCGUUCUCAAGUCGGCACGGACAGAAACGACCGAUAGAUAUACUUCAGUUCAAAAGUAGAGCUU